AAAAAGCUAGGUCCUGGAUCGAAGAAUUACCCACCGAUAUUCAUCUUGGGCAGUGGGCUAGGGCAUAUAGAGAUGCUUAGGCACGCUCCUCCAUGAGCUGGUUUAUGCUCUACUUUCCUUGCUCCUCCAUCAAAGGAAUCCAACACCGAAAAAGAAGAGAAGAGAAAGAAGACCCAAAAGCAAACUAAAGCUAAAGCUUGAGCACUCUGUGUUGACAAAAGAAGCUUUUCUUCCCACUUAUCCCUUCUAGCUAAGCCAAUCCAUUCUCUCCUUGCUCUACUACAUCCCCUUUUUCAUACAUAUAAAAAUACCCCUUACUCGAUCUUCAAUUAAUUUGCUCCCAGUUUUCUGAGCUUUGUUUCUUGCCUUAAAACUAGCGGAAUACAUCAGAGUGGAGAGAAAGAGCGUGAGAAUGGUUAAAAUAGGAGGCAUCUUUGUCUGUCUCUUGAUUGUGGCCAUGGACAUCGGAGCUGGGAUUCUCGGCAUCGAAGCUGAACUUGAACAAAACAAGGUGAAACAAUUAAGGUUAUGGAUCUUUGAGUGUAGAGAGCCAAGCCAUCCGGCAUUCAAGCUAGGGUUAGGUGCAGCAGCACUUCUGGUUCUUGCUCAUGUCAUUGCUAACUUGCUUGGUGGAUGCAACAAUUGCAUUUGCUCUCAAGAAGAGCUCCAAAAGGCUCCUCCUAAUAGACAACUCUCACUCGCAUGCCUCGUCUUCACCUGGGUCAUUCUAGCCGUUGGAUUGUCGAUGCUGGUGAUAGGGACUUGGUCGAACCACAAGUCAAGAGCUUCAUGUGGUUUCACACACCAUCAAUUUCUUUCCAUCGGAGGCAUCUUGUGCUUUGUUCAUGGCCUGUUUUGUGUGGCAUAUUACAUUACCACCACUUCGACCGACUAAUUAGUGAUUAGUAGCAUUAACUAAGCAUGCUUUAAGGAUUGUUUGUGCUUUUUUCAACUUUACUAAUCCAUCGCUUUCUAUUUUCCCACUCUGAAAUGACAAUUCUCCCCUCCGGUGAAACUUCUACCA